ACAACCCCUGAUUUACUCCGUCAGAGACACCAUGCAUCAUACAUGAUCGGUCUGGCGUAACACAACUAGUUUAGAUCAAACUUUAUACCUCGUAUAAUACUCCUUGUAACGAUACAUAUUUCGUCGCCUGGCAGCAUCAAGGGGGUUGACGUAACCUACAUAAGGAGACAUGGAUGAAAAUAUGAGAAGACAGUUGUCGUGCUCUGUGUGCCUGGAGUUGUAUACCGACCCCGUUUUGCUUCCGUGUCUUCACUCUCUAUGUCGGCGGUGUGUGAAUUGUCUGGUAGUUUCCAGAAUCACAGAGUGUCCGGAGUGCAAACAGGCGAUGCCACCAGAUCCAAGCAAAAUGCGUAAAAACUUUCCAUUAAGCAACAUGGUUGAAAUUUACAAACAGUCGAUCAUUCCUUUUUCCCGACCUUCUAACGAAGGCGCAUUGAUGCCUCUUGUCGGAAGUCAGCAGAAGGCAUCACGUCAGCAGACGACAGAACAUACGCAGACGUCAUCAGGUCAGAGGUCAUCCUCUUCAUUUCCACGCAGCUUCCACAGGCAGUGCAGCACGUGUGACACAGCCAAGCAUACCGCGUCACAGGUCGUGUGUCAAACAUGCAGCAUUGCCUUCUGUAUUCAAUGCCUGGAGGCAUAUCAUCCUGAAGAUAGUGGCCAUGCUAUUGUAUAUCUUGAAGAAGCUGAAACGACUACUGAUUGUGUCAUCUGUAACUCUUCCGCCAUCGUCCAAUGUGUUGAGUGCCAGAUGUCCUUCUGUCAGCCCUGUCUCGAGAACUACCACCCCACAACAAGUUCAGCUCCCGGCCACACCCUUCGACCUUCUAACACUCCAACUAGUAGCCCCCACAGUGGCAGUGCUUUUCCAACCGGAGGCAUUGUACAACGUCAGCAGUCGCAGCCAUGCCCUCCCCGUGCCCAGGCACACACUGGCCUUGAGCCAUCGGCACCCCAGAUGGCGAGUCAAUCUUGGGAGACAGUCAGUAGUGACAGAAACGUCCAGGCACAUCUGAUAGAAGUAAUGAAUCUUAAAGAAAACCUCCUCCUAGAUUUGAUUGAGGAGCUGACCAGACGUCAUGAGACUUGAAGUGAGACAGACAUCACGACGCAGCUGGGUGGGGAUCAGUACUUGGCGAAAGAUGUGAACACAUAUGUAUAUCAUGACAAAAAAUGUCAAAACUUAUAUAUGUAUAUAUUUCGACCAAGCAGCAAAUGUAACAAUUACAAUUAACCACCAAUUACAAGCUUCAAGCGUGGCAUUUCACAAUUGUUGAAUUCUCAAAGUAUUUAUAUCAACUCAAACAUAUCCUAAACAACGUGUGGUAACCAUACCAAUAUUUCUCACUGUUUAUAGCCUGUAAAUAUGCGGGACAUUGAUAUGUAUAUAUGUUUGAUUACUGUGUUAUUUGAUUAUUUAAUUACAUAAUCUUGAUGUUUUGAGAAUCUUCGGAUUUAUCUGGAGGAAAUAAAGACAUUCAUUCAUUCAUUCAUUCAUUCAUUCAUUCAUUCAUUCAUGCGGGAGUUAGUUUGAGAUGGUUGUUUAACGCCGCAGUCAGCACUAUUCCAACGGUGGUUUGUAAAUAAUCUAUGCUUGUCCACACAACUAGUGGUUGAUAUCAUGAGCAUCGUCCCACGCCCAGGAUUUAUAGUGACGAUCAACCAAGUCACCAAAACUUACAAAGUUUAUAUCUUUAUCCGGUAUAAAGGCUAUAGGUAUAUGUACAUAAAUUCAGCAGGCCAUAACCGUAAGUGAACAGUGAUCCUGUUACAUUUAAUGCCCAUGCUACACGGUGACAUUGAUCUAAACAUUGACAUAAUGAUAACGUUGCUUUGGAUAUCCCUUGUUAGACAUUGAUAACCAUUUCAACCAAUAUUUAAAACAUGUUUACCGUAUACAUAUCAAGUACAGAAACAUUGGAAACAUGAUUACACACCUAUUGCAUACUUUAACCCGCUCGAUAUAAUCUUCCCCACACUUCACAUGCAUACAAUAAUAAUUGGUUUAAUCUGGGUACCAAACAUGUUAAAUAAAACAGAAAAUGAAAUAUUCUCCAGCCUGUAAAUGUUUAACAGGAACUAACGCUUUAUUAGCUUUAUGAACACGAGAAGAAGAAAAUUAAUUCCUAAAGGACAGCACACGAGAAGAAGAAUAUUAAUUCCUAAAGGACAGCACACGAGAAGAAGAAUAUUAAUUCCUAAAGGACAGCACACGAGAAGAAGAAUAUUAAUUCCUAAAGGACAGCACACGAGCCUAACAACCAGAACAACCACGGGGUUAUCAUUGUGUACGGUAGAUGGACAUUUCAGUGAAGCUGUGUUCCUUGGCAUCGCAAAGCGGCCAACGUGUCAAGUGCCAAGCCAAAACAGUGUAACUACCACGG